CUGAUUUUCUACCAUGCCAAAGUAUAUCGUACAAUUUGCGCAUUUCCACGAGGACUUCCGGCUAGCCGAGCUCGAGUCACUGGCAACGCUUGAGGGCGUCGAGAUCAGCUAUGACCCGUCGACCUACGAUACCAUGUCGCCGUUCUUGGUGAUUGAGGUGGCUUCAGACGAGCUGGCGGCCAAGCUGGUGCGGCGAGCGAUUCUCUUGCGCAGGAUUGUCGAGUACUGGGGCAGCGGCACAACGUAUGACGAGCUGUUUGCCGAGGUCAAGCAGACACCAGAGCGCUGGGCCGACUACAACCAGUCGUCAUUCAAGUUCACCGUGGGCGGGUUCGGCAAAUCCCUGACAACCAAGGAGCAGAUAUCCGUGAUCGAGUCGUUCAGCUUCCUGGGCUUCGAGGGCAAGAUCGAAAUGCGCAAUCCGGAUGUCGAAUUCGCCGUGCUCGAGGACUAUGGCGAGUCAGCGACACAGACGAACGCGGCGGCGGUGCCCAAGAAGAUCUGGUUCGGGCGCAUUAUCGCCAGCGGCAGCCGCGAUCUGGUCAGCAAGUACGAUUUGAAGAAGCGCAAGUACCUGGGCAACACAUCAAUGGACGCCGAGCUGUCGCUGGUCAUGGCCAACCAGGCGCUGGCAAGACCCGGUGCCUUGGUCUACGAUCCGUUUGUAGGCACUGGCAGCUUCCUGCUCACAUGCUCGCACUUUGGCGCCCUCUCGAUGGGCUCGGACAUUGACGGGCGGCAGAUCCGCGGCACCGCCGGGUUCCGGCGCGGCGUCGACGGCAUCAGUGCCAACCUGAAGCAGUACAACCUUGCCGACAAGGUCGUCGACACGCUUGUCUUUGAUAUUUGCCGCAACCCGUGGCGGAAGGGCGCCAAAUUCGACGCCAUCGUGACCGAUCCGCCCUAUGGCGUGCGUGCUGGCGCCAAGCGCCUUGGCCGCAAGGACGGCACUGUGGCCGAGAACAGCUUCAGAAUCAUCGACGGCGUUGAGAACUACAAGCGCGAGAACUACUAUCCGCCUACCGUGCCCUAUGAGAUGGCCGAGGUUAUUACCGAUCUUUUGAACUUUGCCGCAGAGAACCUGGUGGUCGGCGGACGGCUUGUGUACUGGCUGCCGACCGUCGCCGAUGAGUACGAUCCGAAGGAUAUCCCCCAGCACGAGGUGUUCAGGCUGGUGGCUAAUUCGGAGCAGCCGUUCGGCGGGUGGAGCCGCAGGACUCACGAGUCAACCGAGUCGACGCCGGCCCCAGAGCACGCACCUGCUCAUAUGCGCUUCCGCGACAGAUACUUUAGCAAAUUUGAGCCCAUGGCGUCGAAAUAAAACACAUUUAUUCAAC